AUGAAAAAUAUAAGACAAAGUCUGCAUAGUCCAAGAUCAACGCUAGACACCGCCACAACCGCGUGUAAAGAGCGAAGCUCUCGCUGCCUUCCAGAUUGCGUUAAGCAGACCGUGAGCCGGCUCAACGUGCUGGACUACACGUGCGGCGAGUGCCGCCGCGGCGGGAUCACGUCCCGCGCGGCCGCCGUCCGUCUCGCCCCUCGCACCAUCGCCACGCUCUUCAUGGCCAAGCGCCGCUUCAACAAAUACGCGCACCGCCAGUACAUGCAGAAGUGCAAAAGCCAAAAGGAGUCCGAGCCUGCGGACAGGCCCGAUGACGACUCCGACGAGGGCGACGACGUCGACCACGAUGCCGUCGACCCCCUCCCGGACGACGGCGACUGA